CUACGGCGUCGACUUCCCCGGCGGCCAUCCCACCGGAAGGUUCAGCAAUGGCGACAACACGGCUGACUUCGUCGCGAAGAGCAUGGGGUUGAAGAGUAGCCCUCCGCCGUAUCUGUCGCUUGCACCCAACGGCUCCAGCCCUCUGCUCGCGCAGACUGCUCUCACCACUGGUGUCAGCUACGCUUCCGCAGACGCUGGCGUCCUCGACUCAACUAACGAGGGCAAGUGCAUCCCGUUGUCGACGCAGGUGGGCUACUUCAACGGCACCAAGGCGAAGAUGGUCGCCAAGAAGGGCGCCGCCGCGGUGAGCAAGCUGCUGGCCGACUCCGUCAUCCUCAUGGGCAUCGCCAACAACGACCUGUUCGUGUUCGCCGCCGCCGAGCUGUUGCGGGGCAGGUCGGCCGCGGAGCAGAAGAGCGACGCCGCCGCGUUCCUCACCGACCUGCUGUCCAACUACUCGGCCGCCAUCACGGAUCUGCACUCCAUCGGCGCGAGGAAGUUCGCCAUCAUCAACGUGGGGCUGGUGGGGUGCGUGCCGGUGGUGCGGGUGCUGGACGCGGACGGCGGGUGCGCCGAGGGGCUCAACAAGCUGGCUGAAGCCUUCGACGUCGCGCUGGGGCCGCUCCUCGCCGGCCUCGCCGACAAGCUGCCGGGGCUGACCUACUCGCUGGCCAACUCCUUCCGCCUGACGCAGGACGCCUUCGCGGACCCGAAGGCGUCCGGGUACAGCGACGUGGCCAGCGCCUGCUGCGGGAGCGGGCGGCUGCUGGCGGAGGCGGACUGCCUGCCCAACUCCACCGUGUGCAGCGACCACGACAGCCACGUAUUCUGGGACCGCUACCACCCGGCCCAGCGCGCGUGCAACCUCACGGCCCGGGCGUUCUACGACGGGCCGGCCAAGUACACGACGCCCAUCAACUUCAUGAAGCUGGCCCAGGCCAGUUAAUGGUUUCUGUAUGGCUGUCCACGAAUACUUAUUAGCCACGAAUACCUGUGAAAACAGCAAAACAAAAAUUGGGCACCGUUGGCCAUUAUACAUGGAAACUUGUUAAUUUCUUAGGAAUGUCAUGUGGCUCGAUCGAGGCCAAGCCAUGUACGUACAAGUUGUUCAAUUAUUUAUGCAUGCUGCUGC